CUCUUCUAGAAAAAUUUCUAAGUUCCCCGGAAAGAUUUCAAGACUCCCGCCGCUUCUUAAUUUGCGGCCAUCAGAGUAGAGAAGGGGUGGGGGGUUGUUUAAAAUUUUUUUUAAAUUUUUCUGAAAAAUUCCGUCGGGGUUGUGCUACCUCCCGCAGUGACGUAAUUUCCAAAAAUUUCCAAGAAUUUCCAGAAAUUCUUUGCGUCUCAGAGAGCAGCGGUGUACUUGUUACUUAAAAGGAUAUCUGUCAUUCACAAUUUAAAACGCAUAACCUACCAAUAAUACUGUGAAAAGAAGACAGACGAAUUAUUUACCUUAUCGGAAUAGUAAUUUAAAUUAAAGAAAAUGACAGACUGUUUGAGAGAGCCUGCUUUCGUAGUUGGAGAUAUCGAUGAAGAUAUUAACCUCUCUUUGCCACCAUCCUCCGGCGAAGAGUACAUCAAAAGGGUGGUAGUAGAGGCACAACAGUGCGCCGAUAUUGUAGUAGCUGCGAUUAAUCGGAAACAUUUUAGAAAACCAACAAUUGACGUUGAACCUGUAAGUUUGCAAAACACUGUGUCUAUUAAUGAUUCGAAUGCAAAGUUAUCAGGAUGCGUGGAGGCACCGUCGUGGCUUGGCAGUACUCUUGAUUGGCAGCAGUGUCAAUUGUCAGACUUUUCCAAUAUCAGACUGUACAUACGUCAAUUGAAAAGUGAAAUUCAGACAUCGAAACGUAAAUGGAGACCUCAACAGUUUGACUUACCAAGUAUAGAUGAUCAAAAUGCUUGGGUCAAAUUUUGUUUGGGCGAUUACAAGGAGAAAAAGAACAUUGUUCCGACAUUGGAUAUAAUUUUCUGUUUGAAUCAACCAAUGGUGGAACAAAUACUGGAGUAUUUGGUAGAGCAUAUAGAGGCUGAGAAGAAGAUAGGAUAUAAUUUGGGUCAAUGGAUAUAUUCGUUACUGGUUGUUUUAGAACUACCUCUGACUCCAAACAUAUGUUCCUGUUUGCGUUCCUUGGCCAGGACAUGUUCGAUCAUUCGCGUAAAUUCGAAAAUGUUGGAAGUACACGAAAUUGGGACACUGAAUUUAUUUAUAUGCCUAGUUGCAAGAUACUUCCGACAGCUGGACAUGGCCGACCCUUAAAAGCUCAUUUCCUAAAGUGCGAU